CCCACUUGGAGAGCGAGCGAGAGCGAGAGGGCGCCAGGAAGGACCAGCACAGAUUCCACCACACAGAGAUGCCCUCAUGGCACCAGAUGACGGCACCGAAUGGUUGCUGCAGCUGCUGACGGAGAUCCAGUUGGAGCAGUUUUACAGCAAGAUCCGCAAUGAACUCCACGUGACACGCCCGGGCCAUUUUGAUUACGUCAGACCCUCCGACCUCGACCGCAUUGGCAUGGGGCGCCCAGGACAGAGACGGUUAGAAGAUGCCUUGAAGCGCCGGAAACCCCCAGGGCAGCGUCCCAUUUCCUGGGUGUACAAGAUGUUCACCGGAGGGAAAAGUCCAGAAAACGAAGAAGCCCCCGCCUGCCAGCCCUCCACGCCCCGCACGGACCCGGACGUCUCCCUGAAGUGCCUGAUCAGCGAGUGGGAUUUGGCCCUCCGCGAACGCCUCGGGGACGGCUGCUUUGGGGUGGUGCAUCGUGCCGAAUGGAACACCCCCGGCGGCACGACGAUUCCAGUGGCGGUGAAGUCUCUACGUUCCGACAUCUCGUCCGACCCCGGUGCCCUCAUCGACUUCCUGAACGAGGUCAACGCCAUGUGCUGCCUGAACCACCCCAACCUCCUCCGCCUGCACGGGGUGGUGCUCACCCAGCCCCUCAAGAUGGUGACGGAGCUGGCCGCCCUGGGCUCUCUGUACGACCACCUCCGCCCGCCCUUCCCCCUCCACCGGCUCUGGAGCUACGGCCUGCAGGUGGCCAAAGGCAUGGCCUACCUGGAAGCCAAGCUCUUCAUUCACCGCGACCUGGCCGCGCGCAACAUCCUCCUGGCCUCCGAGGAGCACGCCAAGAUUGGCGACUUUGGACUCGUGCGUCCGCUUGCAAGCAAGAGCGACCGCUACAUCAUGUCUGCCCAUCGCCGCAUCCCGUUUGCUUGGUGUGCCCCGGAGAGCUUGCGCACGGGGGUUUUCACCAGCGCCUCUGACGUGUGGAUGUUCGGGGUCACCCUCUGGGAGAUGUUCUCCUACUGCGAAGAGCCGUGGAUGGGCUUCUCCGGGCGUCAGAUCAUGCUGAAGAUCGACAGAGAGGGGGGACGGCUGGAACGCCCCGAUGACUGCCCCCGGGGCAUCUACGCCCUGGUGCUGAAAUGCUGGGCCCACAACCCAGAGGAGCGGCCCCGUUUCCGGGAGAUUGUCAGCUUGCUGCAAGAGCCACCCACUCGGAGGGCAGUGAUGCCGCCCAGGGGCUCGGCCAGCUCCCAGACUCCCGAUUCUUCCAACUGGCGUGGACAGAACAAGCGGACCCUCAAGGUCGGCACCUUCCCCUCGUCCAUCGCGGCGCCGGAAGAAACGGCGCCCCCUUCAGGAAGCCCUCACAUCAGCCUCCCGCUACGCAGCUCCUUUCUUCACCUGGCUCACGGGGACGUGGAGCCCGACCGGAGCUGGGGGGCGCCGGACCGGAUGGAGAAGAAACCAAAAGCCACGGGGGGGAAUGCCGGUGGCCAGAAGCGGGCCGACGCCCAGCAGCUCCUGCGCUUGACACGCCUCUCCAAAAGUUUGGAGUCCAUUUCUGAAUUCAGCGUCCUGCGGAACAAACCCCGGAUCCCCCCCUUCAAGCCGGACAACCCCUCUGCUGCCUCCCGCCGGCGCUUCAGCGACCUGCCGGGCCCUUUCCCGUCAGCCCAGCCCCCCGAGCCUCGAGCCCCCAAGCUGGCCGCCCGGCUCCCUAACCCGGCCCUCCCUUCCUGGGCUCUGCCCAAACCUGACUGCCCUCCGGGUGCCAGGGAGAGGGAGCUGCGGCCUCCCAGGACAGCCCCCAAAGGAGCCAUGGGGCCCCCCGCAAUCCCCUCUGGUGGGCAACGACCGACUACAGAGGUAGAGAAGAAAAUCAAGGAGGUGGACCAGCUCUUCCACAUCAGCGCCUUCUCCCGGGAGGAGUGCCGGCGGAUCCUGGAGCGGCACCGCUGGAACCUGGCCAUGGCCUCCCGCUACGUCCUCAGCAGGGGACUGCGGGCCUGAAGGAGAACCUGCCUCCGCUCCUUCCUCCGAGCAGCCGCCGGCACUGGCCAGAGACACUGCCUCUCCUGCGGGGGACCCCAGGCGUCCUGGCUCCCUUCGCCCCCAAAAAAGGAGUCUUGCCUCCCCCCCAGUGCUGCAGCCCAUAAAGAGAGCUCUUGGCCAAAGCUCAGUCUCUGAGUCCUGUCUCCAGCAGAGGGCUGCUCAGAGUCCGCAGAUUCCACUUCCACUGCCUCUUCCCUUGGCUCGCCGCACCACAUGUACUGUCUGAGAUUUCCGGCAUGCACCCAGAUUUCCAGUGUGCCUCUCUUCGAAAAGGGAUGUGGAC